AUGACAACGGAGCUUAAUGUGAAAUACGCAUGCAUGAAACCUUGUUCCGAUUUCACACGGAAUACUGGAAAACAACAAAAUGAAAAUAUACAAAUAACAACUACAAGCCCGGCUGAAAGACCUAACCAUUGUAAAUCAUGUUUUAAUACUAAUUUUCCUCUUCUUUUUGAACCAAAGGAAUUAUGCCGGGACAAAGAGAUCAAACUCGUCAUAUUCAUCACGUCUGUUACAUCAGAAAGACGUCAUCGUGACGUCAUAAGGCAAACAUGGCUGUCAGUAACGAAAAACAAUUCAGCCGAUGUGCGUUAUUUUUUCAUUCUCGGAAAAGUGAUUGGAAACUAUAAUCAAGAAAUACACAAUGAACAUAUUGAGAAUAAUGAUAUAGUAAUGUAUGAUUUUAUUGACACGUACAAUAAUCUAACUUUAAAGACAAUGCAGGGUUUUAGAUAUGCAACAUCGCGAUGUUCACAGGCAAAAUAUGUGAUGAAGACAGACAUGGAUGUGUAUGUUAACUUGCAUGCAAUACUGUCUAAUCUACUAACCACUAAUAAGACAGGGACAAAUGUUUCUAGAACUGGGCAUCUUGAACCUCCUGUACAAUAUAAAAACUAUAAAAGUGAUUAUCAAUUUGGAGACCCUCUAUAUGAUAAACAGGAGAUGUUUGGUCUUCUUUGGCACGAAACAGUACCAUAUAGAAAUAGUUCUAAGUCUAAAUGGUUUGUGUCUGCGGACGAAUAUUCGGAAGACUUUUAUCCGGAUUACUUUGACGGUCAUGGUUAUGUUUUCUCUAUGAGGAUAGCACAAAAUGUUGAAAAAAUUUCCAAGAGUGUUCCUUUCUUCAAAUUUGAGGAUGUGUACGUAGGAAUGUGUUUAAAGAAACUUGGAUAUCCUUUAAUACACACACAAGGUUUUAUGAGGAUUGAUAAAGACUUAACACUCUGCUCACACAAAUUUCAGCACGUGUAUACCGUGCAUAGAGUAAGUAUUAAUAAAAUGAGGAGAAUCUGGAACGCCACGUGUCCGCUUUAUGGUUUACUGGAGGAAGAGAUCAGUACAAAAAAGAAUCAUCAUUGGUUAAAAGUUUAUGUGAAGCAGGAAAGAAAUAACGUAAACACAAAGACAGUAGGUAGUGCUAGUGAGCAUCAAACUGUUAAGGUGUUCAAGUUCUCUUAUGUUCGGCAAUACAAUUAAUAAUGAAUAAACACGUCGGGUAACAUCAUCACCCUGGCGCAUCCCUUAAAAUGGAUUCUUCUGUAAUAGGCUCAUUUUCAGAACUUUUUCAAAUAUGUCUGUACAAUAUCUUAUAUAUAUUGAUAAAAGCAAGAGAAAUGUAUCAGUUGGGUAUUUUUAUAAAAUAUUUCUUGAUAAGAAACAUUUAUACAAUGAAAAAUAACAGUUCAUUAUCUAUUAUAAAUUAUGUAGAUAUAUUAAAUCGGGUUAUGUAUCUA